UGCAGCAUGCCCAUGCCAAGACGUAGAUCUUCAUUCUUGGGGCAACAGCCCUCUUCCUCCACGACUGAAAGCACUGGGGCUACCAGCCAAAGGUUAAGCAUUGGGGGUAGUGGCAGCCUACCUAGACCCCGAGGUGUCUAUGUGGGUAUUGUCCCCACUGGAGGUGUGAGCAGCCUAGGAACCCGUGUGUCCCGUAGAGCCCUAGGCAUCAGCAGUGUCUUUUUACAAGGCCUGCGCAGCUCCUGUUCAACUGUGCCAUUAGCCCAGGGGCUGGAAAAGGGAAGGGGCCUAUCCUAUGAGAGCCUGAAUGGGUGCCUGGUGGAGUACAUAGAGAAAGUGAGAGCUCUCGAACAGGUCAACCAAGAGCUGGAAGAGCACAUCAGAGUCUACCUGGAAAAGAAGUCAUCCAAUGUCAACAGCUGGGAGGCACUGAGAGAGAACUGGGAGACUAUCUAUCACCAAGUGGGUGAUGCAGUCCUCGAAAAUGCACGUCUUAUGUUACAGAUGGAGAAUAUUCAAGCCUGUGCUGAAGAUUUUAAAGACAGAUAUGAAAAUGAGCAGCCAUUCAGAAAGGCAGUGGAAGAUGAAAUUAAUUCCCUAUAUAAAGUGAUUGAUGAUGCUAACUUAACUAAAAUGGAUCUGGAGCGUCAGAUAGAAAGCAUGAAAGAAGAAUUAGGUUUGCUCUCAAAGAAUCAUGAAGAAGAUGUGAAGAUGUUAUACAAUCAGCUUGCUGGAUCACAGCUGGAAGAACUGGAAGCGCCUAUUGGAACUGGCCUGGAUAAUAUACUGGAAAAAAUCAGAAUUCACUGGGAGAAGGAUAUAGAGAAAAAUCGUAUUGAGACAGGUGCCUUGCUUCAUACCAAGCAAACCACAGAAACAGCACCUGCUGUACAAACCCAAGAGGAAGAACUGGUGGAAUCCCUGAGAACAGAGUUUCAUGAAACAGCCUGCAAAAUACAGAGUCUGCAAGCAGAGACUGAAUCUUUAAGAACUUUGAAAAGGGGUCUGGAGAACUCCUUGUAUGAUGCUAAGCACUGGCAUGACAUUGAACUUCAGAACCUAGGCUCUGUCAUUACCAAGCUAGAGGCAGAGAUGCGAGAAAUCAGAGCAGAAACCGAGCAGCAGCAGAGGGCUCGUGAAACUCUGCUGUCCAACAAAAUACAGCUGGAGAAGGAUAUCGCUGCAUAUCACUGUCUUCUGGAUGCAGAAGAAAGAAGAAGACCCAAUGUCACAACUGUAAGUGCCUUCAGAGUGGGCUAUCGGAUAGAAACAAGGGGAGCACAUGCACCUUGUGAAAAUGCUGAAGAAACUGAUUCUGAAAUUCCCUGUCCACAGAAGACAAUGUUGAAAUUCAAAGCAAAAGAUGAUGUCACUGACAAAAAUGUUUGUGGAAACCACAAACCCAUCAAAGCAGCCUGCUUUAUUCAGUCCGAGUUAACAAUCUAA